AUCGUACUCACUUUCUAAAUAUAUUUGACAUUUUUGCAUCGUCAUUCAUUUCAGUCAACACGCCAAGCGCUUGGCUUCCUAGUACAACUCGUCUUCGAAAGGGUUUGUCCAUUGUUUGACAACAUUUUCAUUAUGUUGUUUCGGUUUGUUUCCAUUGUGCUGAUGUUGAGAGCAUUUGAAAUAUGCUCCAGCGAAAAUGCACCGACACCCAGCUACGAUCUUUGCGAUAUUGGUCCGGCUUUAACCAGCCUAAAUGGGAGCAUUUAUGCCACGCUCGGCAUGGAUUGUAGUAGGGUUAUUUUAGCACCAAAGGGAUACCGAAUUGAAGUGAAUAUCACCAAGAACACAAAAAUAUUGGAAGCGAAAGCUAUGUAUAUUGUUGACGGCGCUACGAAAUUCCACAAGCUCGAGCGUGCGGGAAUAUCUCGUCAUCGAGUGUUGGAGAAUCAUAUUGCUAUAAGUACCAGUAAUGCUAUCUUAAUACACAUUGAUAAAAUCACCUCGACGAAUACAAAUGUUGAAAUCACUUAUAAAAUGUUUGAGCAACCGCCAGAACGUUGCAUAUGUUUGCCUGUGACCCAUGGCGAAACCGUUUGCUCGUUUACUUCCGUAUUCUAUCGAGAUGAUAGCCUUACUAAAGAGUGUACUGUCGUUUGCGGACAAAAUCGCUUUAUUGCCAACCGAUAUUUUUUUCACGAUUUCAAAAUGCAAUGUUUUAUGGGCGAUCCUGAACAUGAUCUAUCCAAUAAAGGCAAAUGGAAUGCUAUUGGCCAAUUUGAAACUUUGUUUGAUGAUCAACUCGUAACAUGCGCGAGAAUUUUCCCAGCUACCCGAAUCAAACUUGGCUAUAAAUUUACCUAUACUAAUGUGUCAUGUGUGCAGGUCGACGCGACGGCAUUUGAAGCGAAAAUACAGGAAUAUAUUUCAAAUAUACAGUCAGUUUCCAAUGUAAGUCAGUGUUUUAAAAGCCGGAAACCACAAGAUAAUACAAAUUGUAGUGUCGAACGCGUGAACAUCACAUGCGAACCUGCCUCGUCCCCAGUCGCUUGCUAUCAAAUAAUUAAUUAGUAAAAGACGAAAAUUAAUGAGGCGCGCGGGACGAUGGGAAGGGGAGGAGUUGCGGAGCGACUGGCAAAUCCUGCAUUCAAGAUGGCGUCCGCUGCAAUUGUGGACGAAGGAUUGUCGUCCGGUUCAUAUUUGCAUUUCCGACUUUGGAGUGGGGAAGAUAAAAAUAUCUCGGCAAGUAUUUGUUCGCCCUUUAAAACGAAAACCACCAUUGAAAUCCUCAUAAAAUAACCUUUCGAACGGGGGGUCAAAUGCCGUCAUAACAUGACACAAACCAAAACAAUCGUAUAUUUACUUGCCGCUUGGCCAAACAUUCUUAUUUCAUAUCGAGAAAAACUUGAAUAUCUUCUAAACUCUUCAGAAUUCGCCCAAGUUAAUAGCAGUAAAAUAUUCCUUGUAUUCAAGCGAUUUUAUGUAGAGCGUUUCGUUUCAAUACGACGAGCAGAAAUAUUUAUUUUGAAUUUUUCAAAAUAUCAGGUUUCUACUCGCACGCGCGUGCCACCGGCUGAAAUUUAGAUAUUUUUAAAUACCGAAAUAAAAGAUACAAAUCUGCAGAUACAAGCUGGAAAAUAACACUCUAAAUAGUGUGUUGGAUUGUGAUUCGAACAAGACUAAUACGAAAAAGAUACGUUAAAAGGAGCCGAAGUUAUAUUCGGCGAAAGGUAUGGCUUUAUAGUGAUACAUGGCCAUACAUUGUUUACAUUGUUCGAUAUUGUAUAUAGGUAUGGUAUGGCUAGUUUACGUUGUUCGAGUAUCGCUAGUUUAUAUUUUAUGGCUACCUACAGUGUUCGAGCAUAUAGCUUCUUUCAAGUGGAAUUUUUUGGUGGCGUAUUUCUUCGUAUUUCUCAGCAUUUAGCCCAUUUGCAGAUUUUCGAGUAAAUUCGCAGAUUUUCGAGUCACGAUUUGGCAGGCCCUUAUUUUAAUUUGUUUCGUCUUCCCAGCAUGCAUCACAACAGAUUUGUUCAGCCACUGAUCUAUAUAUGAAACUGAUAUGUCUAUAUAUACACUGAUCUACAAACUGUAAGGGCCUGCGGAGGAGGCAGACAUGCGAACCCCGUGGACGGUCAGCAGAAGUGAUGUUGACAGUUCGUGAUAAUAUUAUAAACUCCACCAAUGAAACCAUUGCCUACCAAAGAUACUUUCAAUUAUAUUCACCAUAUAAAACAGACAUAAUGGAUAAGCAACAUCUCGUAACAUUUAUAACAAAGAAUCUCACUGUAAAUGGUACCAAGGCUACUGGAAUUUCGUAUGUAUACCCAAGACGGCCAAGCGAGGACUGUCCCCAAAAUGCAGGGUUCAAAAUCGAUUAUGCCAAGGGUAGAUAUGGUUGUUUAAACUGUCCACCUAAUUUUUACCAUCAAGAUACUGCUUUCCUUCCUUGCCAGGAGUGCCAGAAUGGAACCCGUCGAAAAAUGAAUGAGGCAACCUGUGUCGUAGGCGUGCGGAGCUAUCCUGAGCCGUCUCAAAAAUACUGCAAGCAUACAUGUAAUGUGGGGAAAUAUUUUAACAUUAAUUCGUCAAUAUGUGAAUGGUGCCCAUAUGGUAUGUACCAAAACUCUACCAUCAUAUUCAAUCCACAGUGUACCCCCUGUCCCAACGGAUUGACCACAGGGUUCGUCGGAGCUCGGAAUGAGUCGGAGUGCAUUAACCUUUGUCCCGGCGGGUUUUAUUUGAAGUACACUCGAUGUCUUAAAUGUGAUGUUGGUUACUUCAUGACGAAUGCAAGUCACAGGUUACCAAGAUGUUACCAGUGUCCGUCUGGUUAUACCACUUUGGAUGUCGCCACCAUUGAUAGUUGUGUCAAGAAGUGUACUGUCGGGGAAUAUUUCAAUAUGACCCUUCAAAACUGUACAUUAUGUCCAAAUAACACCUAUCAAAAUGAGACUAGUGAUACCAACACUAGAAUCUGCAAGAAAUGUCCUCAAAAUACUGCCACAGCAACAGUCGGUUCAACCAUGUUCUCUGACUGUCUUGGACCAUGUAGUUCUGGCCAGUAUAUUGACGUUGGUUUACAGAAAUGUUCACCCUGUUCUCGUAAUACCUACCAGGAUGUAACACAACACGUGAGUUUUAGUUGCAAAUCUUGUGGCCAGUACAAAAUCACCCUAAAAACGGCCUCGACCAAUUUUUCUGAAUGCAUUUACACAUGUUCUAAAGGCAGAUUCUUUAAUUUGACAAGCAAGGUGUGUGAACAAUGUCCAAUAAAUUUGUACCAAGAUGAGUUAGGGAGAGAUGCUUGUAAACCGUGCCAAGGAAAAACGUUGACAGUAAAAAAUGGUUCUGAAAAGUGCAUUAGUCCUUGCGGGUUUGGAGAAUUUUUGAAUAAAUCUGCAGAAAAAUGUCUGAAAUGCCCUGAAGGAUUUUAUCAAAAUGUAUCCGAGUACACAUCAGAUAUUUGCCACCCUUGUCCAACAGAUUUUUACAGCGACAAAUCUGGUCAAUCAAAUUGUACACGUUGCAAAGAUGGUAGCAUCACGCUAAUCACAGGUGCAACCAACGAAGAUGAAUGCAUCGAGACUUGCCAGUCUGGUUAUUAUCUGAAUAAAACUGCCAGAAGUUGUCAAAAAUGUGUAAAAGGGUUCUAUCAAGAUAGAACAGGAUUUAAAGAUGAGUUUUGUACAAAAUGUAAAAGCGCUAAUCUCACAACGCUUGGAAAUGGUGCAAAAUCGGAAGAAGAAUGUGUUGGUUAUUGUGCGUCGUCACCUUGUCUCAAUGGUGCAAUUUGCUCAAAUAUUGAAAAUGAUUUUAACUGCAGUUGUCCAAAUUUUCUGACAGGAAAACAAUGUGAAACUGUUGUUGAUCGAAAAAAUUCAGACACGAUGGAGAUUUCAAUCCGGUUUCCAGAUAUAAUUUGGACUGAAAAUCUACAAAACCCUGAGAGUAGUGACUUUAAAAAACUUGCUUUGAGGAUUGAAAGCAGUAUCCGGGCAGAGUUUAAGAAUGAUAAUAUAUUUCGGACUGUAAAAGUGGUGGGAUUUCGUAAGGGAAGCGUGAUCAGUGACGUUCAGUUCACGUAUGUAGGGGGAGUAAGCUUUGUGACACCUGUGGAUAAGCUUACAACAGUGGUAUCUGAUGGUAGCCUUGGUAACUUAACUGUGGACUCCAGUUCUGUCACGAUAACCAAUUACACUUGCUCUCAACCUCUGGGCAUGGAGAAUCGUCGCAUACCCGAUAGCGCUCUUACAUCUGGGGUGAGUCGUUUUUACCACCCACCUAAAAAUGCUCGUUUACACAAUCAAGGCCCGGGCUGGGCUCCUCUGUAUUUUUCUGCCGACGAGGACUACCUACAAGUUGACUUUUUGGAAGAAGUAUGGCUAACAGGAAUUGCAACUCAGGGUUCGUCUUACUAUACCGGCAGUUGGCUUGAAGCUUUUUAUAUUCAAAAAAGCUCAAAUGGUCAAGAUUGGUCGUACUUUGUUGGGGAAUAUGUCACACGACACGUAAGUUUUAUUUAUACUUCAAAAACUCAUUAAUAAUUCAGGAGGAAAACACAAAAAAAAAUCAUAAGCUAGCGUUUCGUGGUUUUAUAUGUGAUAAAAAAUCAUGUUAAUUUACAUAAACUUUAGCUUUGAUUUUCUCGGUUUAGACAAAGUUUAUUUGUAGACAAAGUUUAUUAUAUUACUUCGCCAAUGAACUCGUAUAAGAUGAGUCGUUUUUGAAGCCAUUUAAAGCACUUGCAGUCGUGUUUUAUCACAUAUAAAACACUCCGCUACGUGUCGUGUUUUAUAUGUGAUAAAACACUCCUACGCGUGCUUUAAAUAGUAUACAUAUGACGAGAAUCUGUCUUAUAUAAGCACUAUCGUGCAGGAGAUGAUGGUCAAUCUGCAGUUAUCAGUGAGAAAGUUAUGUUAAUUAUUUUCAUUAUAUGUUGUAGUCUUUUUUGUUUAGGGCUGAAGUUGGACCACCUGCACUGCUACUGUGAAAACUACCGUGUUAAAAUAUGUUUUAAUAAAAACAUUUUAUUAUGCAUGCUGGAACCCAGAGUGAAUUUAAUAAUUUAUUAUAAUUAUUAUUCGACUCAACUGCAAGAGCAUUUUACCCAUCACUGAUUUAAACAUUCAAUGCAUAUAAGAGAACAUGUUUCUGUCAUUUACCCCAAGUAAUAACUAUUAACAUUUGACCAUUAUUUUCUGUUAUUUCUCAGAUUUUUAUUGCCAAUGACGAUAUUGAUACUGUAGUCCGCAACAAACUUACUUACCCUGUCAAGACGCGUUAUGUCAGAAUGUCUGAGUACGCCUUUAAGAACUGGAUCAGCUUUCGUGUUGAAUUCUAUGGUUGCCCGAUUCCGAAAGCUGUACCACUACCUACACUGUCACCAUGGACACCAAGUGUGACUCCACGAACACUAUUUCCUUCACAGACACCAUUGCCUACACGAGGUAACUCCACAACACAUCCAAGUAACCAAACUACACUAUUUCCUUCACAGACACCAUUGCCUACACGAGGUAACUCCACAACACAUCCAAGUAACCAAACCACACUAUUUCCUUCACAGACACCAUUGCCUACACGAGGUAACUCCACAACACAUCCAAGUAACCAAACCACACUAUUGCCUACACGAGGUAACUCCACAACACAUCCAAGUAACCAAACUACACUAUUUCCUUCACAGACACCAUUGCCUACACGAGGUAACUCCACAACACAUCCAAGUAACCAAACCACACUAUUUCCUUCACAGACACCAUUGCCUACACGAGGUAACUCCACAACACAUCCAAGUAACCAAACUACACUAUUGCCUACACGAGGUAACUCCACAACACAUCCAAGUAACCAAACUACACUAUUUCCUUCACAGACACCAUUGCCUACACGAGGUAACUCCACAACACAUCCAAGUAACCAAACUACACUAUUGCCUACACGAGGUAACUCCACAACACAUCCAAGUAACCAAACUACACUAUUUCCUUCACAGACACCAUUGCCUACACGAGGUAACUCCACAACACAUCCAAGUAACCAAACCACACUAUUGCCUACUACACGUAAAAAUCUCACAACUUGUCAACAAGAUGUGUUCGCAACAGGCUUGUAGCAAGCUUGUCAACAAGUUGUAACAACGCUGUUAUUUUAUCAAGUUGCUACAAGGUUGUCACUCACAACUUGUUGGAACAACUUGUAACAAGUCUGUUGAGCUCAACAAUCUUGUAGCAAGUUGUCAACAAGCCGUUGUUGACACAAGCUGGGAACAAGCAGGGCGAACACAUCCUGUAGACAAGAUGUUGGAACAGCAUUUCUACAAGUCUACUGCAGGUUUGUUACAACUUGUGCGUUUUUACGUGUGUAAUAAAGCCUACAUUGGGUAGGUUCUCAACACGUACUACUAUACAUUGUCUAAGAAAGCUUCGGAUUGAUAGGGAUACAACUACCUGAAAAAUACAAAGAGAACUUCAAUGUUUCAAGCGAAGGCCAUUCAUUGGGACGUUAGUGACAUCGGGCAUUUGCUUCAAACGUCGAAGUUCUCCUUGUAUUUUUCAGGUAGUUGUAUCCCUAACCAUCCCAAGCUUUCUUGUUAUUGCCAAUACCUACACACUGGCACAGACCCUUUAAGAUUACUACACUGUCUGCAUCAUUGGCCAAAUAUUGACUAGAGACGCAUCAUCUGUCAAGAUCCAUCAUCUGUCUUAAGCCGUGUUUACACUACGAGCCUGGCCUAGCUUUGGACUAGAUUUUUGUAGUGUAAACGCACUUUGGUCCUGGCCUAGGUUAGGAAAUGUGGAACACCUGUUCUGAUGGCCCAGAUUUCCUGACCUAGGCCAGGUGCGUUUACACUACAAAAAUCUAGUCCAAAGCUAAUUUUUUUUUUAAUUUUACAAGCUUUGUCACAACAAGAAUACAUCAUGACAAAUAACAAUCAUUACAUAUAUAACAUUACAAAUGUGACAGGAAACACAACAGCUUCGGGUCAAUUACUGUGAUCCCAAAAGCUAGGCCUAGCUUAGGCUCGUAGUGUAAACACGGCUUUAGUGUAUACACGGCUUAAUCUUAACCAGCACGUUUGUUCUUUGAGUUUAUCUAUUGUUACAGAAUACUAUACAUGCAGGUAUAGUAUUCUGUGCUAUAAUUGCAUGUGCAGCAAUUAUUAUCAAAGUUUUUAAUAUCACUUUUACUCCAGGUACCACAGUUGUCACUCCUGAUGAUGGUGAUGGUGAUGAUGGUGUCACUAAUGUUGGAUUAAUCGUUGGUGUAACACUUGGUGUGUUUGCAGUGUGUAUAAUUGUUGUUGUUUUGGUUGUUUUGUGGUGGAUGAAACGAAAUCGGGGAUCUCAUUUAGUUGGAUACAGUGCGGAUGUUAUGCAACUCAAAGAAACUAAAUGAUAGAAAACGUAACUAUAGUAUUGAUGGGUUUUAGUAAGUGUUUUACAUGGUGCUAUAUGCAUGGUAGGCCAUUGCUAGAAUGGUACCCAACUCAAAUGCGUACACUCUCAGCCUUGGGAUAGGCGCCUAAACUUUUUGAGCUGACUUAGCACCAUGGAAAACCCACUAAUGAUGUAGCCGAAAAGAAAAAAAUCGUUUUUUACAGCCUAACACUAUGUGAUGGUUGACUUGAAUAUGACUUAGUCUUAGACUUUCAAAAUUAGGACCUCAGGUCUCAAAACAAUAAAUUCGAAUGCUUUUCGUUGAAAUUUCUUCGCUCUUUUUGAGAUAUUUUGGGUUUACAUGAGUGCUAAUUUCUAGUAAUUUGUAAACAAACUGUAAUGGCGUAAUGUGAACACACGUCAAUUCUGCCCGCAUUAUUUCCCUCCGUUGUGGUAGGAACGUAGUCAAUAGUCUGGUUUAUUUAACCAGGAAAUCCUUGUCAAAGUAACCAGAAUAUAGGUUGAAAUAAUCUUGAACUGUGUGUGCCAGUGUGGGUAGUGUCAAUAAUGUGAACAAGCUUUCGUUGGUAGGAAUACAACUACCUGAAAAAUAUAAGGAGAAUUUCGACUAGAGACUUCGCCAGUAACUCCAGACGAAGGGCCCUCGCUCGAAACGUCGAAAUUCUCCUCAUAUUUUUCAAGUAGUUGCAUAACCAGGAAUAUUAACCAGGGAUGACCGGAUAAGUUAACUCAAAUAUAGGGUUAUAUCUAUACGUUAACCUGCAGGCAAUUUAACCAGGGAGUUUUUAAAAGUAUGUAUACGUUUAUUAAGUCUUAUAAGUAUAUUAUAAUACACCAUCAAUAAAUUAUUGUUUCAUAGUACACCAUAUUUACAGAGUGGGUGGGUUGAAGUAAAAGUUCCAUGGUAGCAGAUGGUGAUCAACUAACCAAUAGCAAUGUUUUAGGAAAGUUCCCUAUCCGUGACUCGAACAAGGUGAAUUCGAAAUUGCUAUUGGUGGAUUUGGCAAAAAUACAAUACACACGUGACGGUGAAGGACCAUAUUUAUGAAUAAACGUUGACCAACAUAGAUGAGUUGUAUUGUUAUCCUAAUGAGUUUCACAGCCAUCUUCCAUUUGAUAGGCUAUGGGUGGAGUAAUACGGGCCACAAAAUUGCUGCAACUUGCAACAAAGUCUGAUUUCAACGCAUGUUAAGUAGAAAUGUCGACACAUGUUGCCUCGUGAUUUGUAAUUUAUGUGAAAAAAACAUUUUCAAUUAAUUAACAUGCGUAGAAAUCAGAUUUUGUAGCAAUUUUGUUGCUCGUAUUAGUCCAGCUUUAUAGAAGCAAGAAAAUUAAACUACAUCUAACUUGUCUCUCUGAUAACUGGAGGUUGACCACCAUCUGCUUGCACGAUAGUGCUUAGUGCUAGCCAUCUAUUGCUACACGGACUAUUAAACUGGCCGACAACAACAUACCAUGUUAACCCUACCCAUAAGUUCUGUGCACCCAAGUCCGUGAGAAAGAAGGUCAUUUAAGGUUACAGGACACCCUUUUUGCCGUUUUGCGGAAAAUCGCUACUGCGCGCUCAAUAUCAGUCCGAUUUUCAUCAAAUGUUCUCCAGUGCAUGCAACAUAUGGUAAAGUUGUAAAAUUAACAAACAAUAAAAUAAUGUAAGAAUUAUUCAGGAAAAUCUUAAAUCGCGGUACCGUUACGCUUUUGAGUUGUGCUCCUGCUGGUUUUAAGUUAUAUUUAUGAAAAUAUCAUUUUUAUACAGUAAAAUAGUUGUUCUAAAAAAUAGUGUUCGGAAAUUUUUGUUUAUUUCGUCAUUCCGCUGAUAUGGCGAUUUCUUUGACGACUGCAAUAUAUUUCUGAAUUGUUUGAGUGAAUUGCUCUUUAUUUUUAAAAUAUCCAAAAUUUAAAAAAAGCCGAACACAAUUUUGAAACUGACAUCUUUAGCGAUGUCCUGUGACAAACAGUGUGUUAAAACCCGCAGGAGCACAACUCGUUUGAAAAUCAGUAAUUACCGUAAACUUUUUCGGGAGAAAAUUGAAUUUGAAUAUUACAUUUUCAAUGUUUUUGUUAUUGCAGCGAAAUGUAUUUUAUUAAAUAACUCUGCGAGUUUUCAACAUUUUUCGUUCAAACUUGGUCAGAUAGUAGAACUAGUCUAAUGCUUUCAUGAAAACCAAUAAAAAAAUUUUAGGCAAAAUUAACACUCAAAGGUGUUCUGUAACCUUAAACAAAAUGCACAUACAACAGUCCCUUAUUAACACCUGAAGUAAUUCCACAUUAAUCGUCAAUUAUGAUCACUUCGCGUUUAUCCGCAUCGUCAGACGCAGGCGCUGAAGAAUUUAUGUCAUCCGAUUGAAGACCACUGUUCACAUUAUUGUCGUCCGAUUGAAAACCACUGUUUACAUUAUUAUUACAGGCGAGUUUUUUUGGAACUUGGAGUGCAUUCAGAGUCUUCUCUCGAAAAACGUGUCUAUGUUGUAAGUCGAUUUUCGCCUUGCCGUUUACAAGUUGUGAAUUGUUCUCGCUUAAAGUUUGACUAACUGUUGAUGACGUUGUCGGUUUCGAUAAGUCAGGAACAUCACUCCGAACUGCUGAUGACGUUGUCGGUUUGGAUAAGGCAGGAACAUCACUCCUAAUUGCUGAUGAUUCUUUUGAAGUUGUUGGUUUUGAUGAGGAAACAUCACUGUUUUUCUCAGCUUUCUUAGAGUUCACCCAUGCAUCUGGUAGUUUCAAUCUCUUGUUUUUUAAACACCAUGCAAGAUGUUCCAAGCAUUUGACAGAUUGUUUUGGGAUUUGUAUGGCAAGUUCUGUAGAUGCUUUGCGUUUUCUUGGAUUGACCACAUUGCUAGUUUCACUUGUACUCGGCUUUGGACUCAAUGGUGGAUGACACAGGUUGCUUGUGAUGGUUUUUCUCGAAAAAACCACAUUGGUAGGUGCUUCUGUACUUAGUGACUGAGUGUGCUUUGGUGGUGAAUUACUGGAUGUUCUUGCAAUGGUGUGACUUGUUUCAAUUGGACAAUAAGUUAAUGUCCCUAUACCAUCCUUGACACUGUUGGAAGUUGAAUAUUGGUCAUUGUUAGACAUAAUGACAUCACUGUCUGAAACUAUUGUCACACAAUCUAGGUCUGAAUUCCCACAAACAUUUAAAUCCUCUGUAUUGUCACUGCUACUCUUACUUGACCAAGCCUUAGAACUGUCAGUCUGACUAACAGAGUUUGAGUGUCCAGAUUUUAAAUUCAAAUCCUGCGCAGUGUCCUUCAUAGUACUAUCUUCACUUGAACAAACCGUAUUCUGGACAGUCUGACUAACUAAAUUUGUGUUUCUAGACUCUGUGGAUUCAGCCCUUGAUGAUUCGUCCAUAGAUUCAUCCCUAGACUCUGUGGAUUCAUCCCUCGUGGAUUCAUUCCUUGGGUCGAAUCUUGUUCGGAAUACCUCCCGAAGAACAUUCAGUGUUUUAAUUAAUUCAUCGCUAGGUGUUGAUGUCGGUAUUUUUAGUGGCUCACUGCAGCUUGUGCUCGCCGAAUCUUCUUGAUCGUCAUCAAUAAUUAGACAGUCAUCUGGGUGUGGUUCGUUAACAGAAGGUUCAGAGGCUGGUUGGUCGAGCUGUUUCAUGGUUACUGACUGUUGCUUUGGGUUGUUAACAAUUUUGCAAUCGUCAUCAGUAUUUGGUUGGCUAUCGGACACUGAUGGCUCGUUAAUUGAUUCAUCAAGUUGUGCUGAUGGCUCAUUAACUGGUUGAUCAAGUUGUGCUGAUGACUCGUUAACUGGUUCAUCAAGCUGUUUCAUGGUUACCGACUGUUGCUUUGGAUUGUUAACAAUUUCAUAAUCAUCAUCAGUGUUUAGUUUAUCAGAAACAGAUGGCUCGUUAACAGGUUCAAAUUGUUUCAUGGUUACCAACUGCUCAGUUGGCUCGUUAACAAUUUCACAAUCAUAAUCAGUGUUUAAUUGAAUUUCAGAAACUGAUGGCUCGUUAGCUAGUGUAACAAAUUGUUUAUGUUCACUUGGGUUGUUAAUUAUUUCACAAUCACUACUGGAGGAGAAAGUCUGUUGAUUUGUUUGUGUGUCGUUGUUGGAACAAUCAGGAUCAAAAGUUGACAAUGUUUGUUCUGACGUCCCAGUUUCAUUCUGUGUAAGACAAGUGAGUGGAAAUAUCGGUGACUCAGGACGCUCGUUGUCAGAUAACGAUACCUCCAUGCGAUCUGUGUCUGAUAACGACUGUUCAACAUGAGAUGUAGAUAACAUGUCUGUUGAAAGUUUGGGUGAGACACUAACGAAGGACAACUCUUGUGAUGUGGGUACAUCUGAAUCCACUACCACUAUUGAGUCAUCAAACUCUGCCCUUGGGAUAUCCUGUUCAUUGUCUGAUGAACCCGAUUCACUACAAAUAUCCCCAUCUAGCCCUCUAGAAGAGCCUGGUGUACUUGACAAACCCUUCUUUGAUUUACCAAUUACCUCUUGCCGAUCAAGGCGAGCAUACCUGUUGUGAUUCCUAGACCUUUGAUGGUCCUGUUCAUCAUCAGAUGUACCCGAUUCACUACUCAUAUCCUUGUUUACCCUGGAGGAACCAGAUUUUCGUGUUUUUUCGUCAAUUUCAUAACGUUCAAGAUGUGCAUAUUUGGUGUACACAUGUUUCAAAUUACGCUUCGAAAUUCGGCGGUUCUUCUCCAGUUGCAAAGCUAGAUCUUUAUUUGACAAGGCUGGAUCAUCCUCUGUUUUAAAAUCAUCUAAAAGAUGUGACCCAAAAUUAAACAGCAAAUCUCUCUCUCGCCGUCGUUGAAGCUUGUUUCCGAUAUCUGUGAAUAUGUCUGCAAUAAGUCCAUUCAAUACUUGAGGCGACAUUCUUAGAUCAUACUUUUUGUUCGUUUUCAUAACGAUAUCUCGUAUAUCAAAAUAAUCAGGAAAUGAGCCAGGCUUUUCUUUCAAGAACUUUGCAACUGCUUUGUCGAUCAUUGAAUAACCUGUCGAGCUUGCACGGAUGGGUUUCUCGACAACACGACCGGUGUUAGGCUCCCGACCUAAAAUCUUACAUAAUUUAGUCCAAGUCUUUUCAAACUUUUUCUUCAGCUGAUUUUCUUUAAUAUAUGUACUAUCGCACAUAUCCAUUUCUUCAAGCGUGAGUUCUGCUCGAUUUAAUAUUUUUAUCUCGUUGCUAAUUUCCUUUAAUCGUUGCUUUAGCCGAGCCGCUAGUUUUUUCCUUUGUUUUACAGUAAGUGUUCUGGUAGAAAUCUUUCCUUUGGUUUUGUUGGCUGUGGCAUCUUGACAUGCACUUGAAGUCGAAGGAAUAUUCUCAAUUCUUUCUGUAGGCAUUUUUGAUGGUUUUGGGCCAACAAAAUCAUCAUCAUCUGAAAUUGUAGCAAUCUGAGGUGCAGAUGUGGUUGAAUUAUUUUGAUUCGUAGAUAACUUGGCGGUCGGUUCAAAUCCGCGCGCCUCGCUUACGUCACAAAAUGUAACACUCUUUGGAACUUUGUUUACAACAUCCAGAUUUUCACCAGCAUUGGUUAAUCCAUUGCCUGAAUUCAAUACCACACCAUUAUUUAUAGAUUUUUCCGCCUUUAGCGUUCUACAUAUCAGACUGAAGUACAAACCAGCGUUCUCUUUCUUAAUCUCUUUAACGUAACGUUCUAACAUGGCCACCAGAUCGUGCGAUGCGGUCAAUUUUCCUUGAACUUCCGUAAAUAAUGAUCGUGCAUCUUUAAUGGCCUCUUGCCUUACAUGCGGUCGACACGCUAAAAUAAAACGCUUGAACAAAAAGCUCACGUCCUCAUUGCUUUGUUCUGACUGUUCUUCGUCGCUAGAAAGCGUUAUAACUUCGAAACUGCUUUGAUUUUUGCUUGAGUUUUCAGUAAAAACAUUGGCAAUGUUCGCCAUUUUGUCUUUGUU